CACAGCCAUCACGGUUCACCAAUCUGUUGAAUUAUCGAGGAUUUGAACAAGAUCUGUCCAUUCUUGACUGCUAUACACAUACCCCUCAUUUCUUCAAAUUUGCUCUUGUCAUACCAAACUCACCUUCCCAGAGUCAUACGUUGAAUAUCGGAUCCCUCUUGUGGGCAUUUCUAUUGGAUGACUCACUGUGACUUACAGUAAAUACCCGCGACUUUUAGACAACUCCAGUUUUUAUCCUCUCGCAUAUUCACACACUCUUCUCUCAACACAACAACAUCAUGCCUUCCAGAUCUGAGAUCACAUAUUUCGGCGCAGGCCCUGCCUUGCUGCCCACAGACGUCCUUGAGAAGGCUGCCCAGGCCCUCAUUGACUAUGAGCAUACCGGAUUGGGUAUUGCUGAGCACAGCCAUCGUUCAGAGCUGGCUACAAACAUCAUCAACGAGGCUAAGGCUGAUCUUGCCUCUUACAUUGACAUUCCCGAGGACUAUGAGGUUCUUUUCAUGCAGGGUGGUGGAAGUGGAGAGUUCUCCGCUACCAUGUACAACCUUGUCGGUGCAUGGGUGACAAAGAAGAAGGCCCAGAUUGUUGCCAACCUCAAGGCUCCGGAGGACGACCCUCGUGUGGAGCAGGAGCUCAGAAAUGCAGUCGAGAAGGAGCUCAAGACGGACUACAUUGUUACUGGUGGCUGGUCUCAGAAGGCUUCUGAAGAAGCCAAACGACUGCUUGGUCCUGAGCAUGUCAACAUUGUCGCUGACGCCCGCCAGAUUAACGAUGGCAAGUAUGGCAAGAUUCCUGAGGAGAGCACCUGGAACCUCUCCAAGGAAGCUGCUUUGGUGUAUUAUUGCGAUAACGAGACCGUCGAUGGUGUAGAAUUUCCUGCUUUCCCUCAGUCCCUGACCCCUGGACCUGACGGCGAGGGCCCUAUUGUUGUGGCCGAUAUGUCCUCCAACAUCCUGUCGAGGAGAAUCCCUGUCCGAAACUUCUCAGUCAUCUUCUUCGGCGCCCAGAAGAACCUCGGCUGCACUGGUAUCACCGUUGUGAUUAUCAAGAAGAGCCUUCUUCCUCCCAAGACACCUCAACCUCCUCCCGCACUUCUUCGACGACUUGGACUUCCUAUCCCUCCUAUCAUCUUCUCUUACGAGACUAUCGCCAAGAACAACAGUCUCUACAACACCCUUAGCAUCUUCGAUGUCUAUAUCGCUGGCCAAGUUCUCAAGAAGUCACUCAGCACCUAUAACAAGGUUGAGGGACAGGAGGCCGUGUCCGCCAAGAAGGCCGAGCUUAUCUAUGGUGCUCUUGACGCCCACCCCGAUGUGUACAGAGUUGUCCCUGACAAGUCUGUUCGUUCAAGGAUGAACAUCUGCUUCCGCGUUACCAAGAAUGGCGACACUGAUGGCACAGAGAAGGCUUUCCUUAAGGAGGCCACUGCACAGGGUCUCACCGGCCUCAAGGGUCAUCGAAGCGUGGGUGGUAUUCGUGCCAGCAGCUACAAUUCCAUUUCCUUGGAGGGCGCCGAAAAGCUUGCCAAGUUCAUUGAGACGUUUGCUACCUCUUAGAAAAAAAAAUUCAAUCAUGAAAAGUUUGAGCUGGAUGGUUUGAGGAUUUUAUGGAAUUGAUCAGAUGCGUGUACGACAUCAAGGAUAAAAGUCAACCUAGAUGGAUGUUGAAUUCAACAUGCUCCAUGAGGAUAAAGAAUAAGAACCAAAUAAAUGAAGCGUAAUAAAAGGAGCUAUGCUUAAACAACUUGUACUGGUG